GUUGUGUUUUGCUGAGGGCUGCCUGGACUCGGAGCAGCUGGUCGUUUCUUCGCUGUGCCUCGGUCCUGCAGACGGCAUCGCCCGCAGCCACACCGCACCCCUGGCUCCUCCACCAGUACAGGAGCAGCAGCUUCUUCAACAAACUGACGGCCGAUGAGUUAUGGCGAGGGGUGCUGGCGGAGUCUGGGUCCGGUGCGCGCAAGGGGAGGGGCAGGGGCAAGCGAACCAAGAGGAGGAUCAAGAAGGAUUUGAACAGAGGACAGAUGGUCGGAGAAGGACAAGCUGGGUUCCUCUGGCCUGGAUUGAACGCCCCUGUGGUGAGAAGCGGAACCAUUCAAUCGAUCGGCAAGCGUGAGCCGAAAGAGCAGGAAGAGGUGCGGGCACGGGCGCUGCUCCAGCAGGAGGAGUGGGACAAGAGAAGGAAGAUGAAGAUCAAAAGAGAGCGAGGCUGGACUGGCAGCUCUUGGGGCGGCAUCAGCCUGGGACCCCCUGACCCCGGUCCCAAUGGAGAAACGUAUGAAGACUUUGACUCCAGGGUGAUUGAGGUUAAAAGUGUCUUCAACAUGACAGCUAAAGAAGGGAGGAGAAGGUCCAUCAGUGCUCUGGUUGUGGUUGGAAAUGGGAACGGAGCCGCGGGUUUUGCAUUAGGAAAAGCCCCUGACAGACAAACAGCACUCCGCAAGGCAAAGAACAGAGCCAUUCACUACCUGUAUUUCAUCGAACGGUACAACAACCACACCAUUUAUCAUGAUAUAACAUCAAGAUUUAAACGGACAACCAUCAAGAUGAAGAAGCAGAAUUAUGGGCACGGACUACAUUGUCACCGAGCUAUCAUUACAAUAUCCAAGUUAAUUGGAAUCAAGGACAUGUACGCCAAGGUUAUCGGAUCAACAAAUCUGUUGAAUCUCACCAGGGCCCUUUUCCAAGGAUUAUCAAAGCAGGAGAGCCACAGCGACCUGGCUGAGAGGAAGGGCCUGCACGUGGUGGAGUUUCGAGGAGAAUGCGGGCCCCUGCCCAUGAUAGUGGCCUCGCCGCGCGGGGCGGUGAGGAAGGAGGGGGAACCCCAGGAAGAGAUUGCCGACACCAAGUUGGAUUGGAGUGAGGUGAAGGCUGCGCAGGGCAUGGGGCGAUCGGUCUGGGCCAACGUUAGACGCACUAUCUGGUGACCCCCCCCCCCCCCCCCCCCCUCAGCUAUGGCACAGGGUGCAAACUAGCCCACCAAGUCCCAGCUGCAACUAGUGCUUGCAGCAACCUGGCCUUGCAUCCUCUCUCCUGGUUUACAUGUGAACAGAAUUACUCAUUAAAACAACUGCACUAUU